AUGCCGCACACGAAUCGCGCGAGGCGCGCCGACCAUUACCGCUCUAUCGAUGGCGCCGGCAGCAGCGGCAACAACAGCAGCUCAGCAACGACCAGUUUCAACAGAAACCAUGGCGGCGGCAGGAAGCGCUCGCACCAAGAGCAAGAUGGUGGUGCCCUCGACUACAACCACGACACCAAUGUCAAAGCCUCCGAGCGCUACGGUGGGCGUAGCCCUGGUGCCGGCGGCGGCGGCGGCGGCGGCUGGGGAGCUGGUCGCGGUAGGGGCGGAGCGAGGUCGGGAGGUGGCGGCACAGGUAGGGGUGGUGGCGGUGGACGCGGAGGAGCCGCGGAGGAAGCCGGCGGCGGCAGCGGUGGAAUAGCCGGUAGCUCAACAGCAGCAGGACGAGGAAAAGGAAAGGGCAAGAACCCUUCCGCGAAGAACCGCAUCCGGAGUCUAACGCGGCUGAUGAACAAACCGGGCAUCGAAGAGGAACAGCGGUUACACUUGCAGCGGCAGGUUGAAGAGCUAGAGGGAAAGGUGUCGGAGCGUGAAAAGCAGGAGCGAGAACGAACUCUUGCCAUCAAGUACCACAAGGCAAAGUUUUUCGACCGCAGGAAAGCUCUCCGCCGACUGGCCCAAAUUCACCGCAAGUUGAAGGGGGACAUCGAAGAGGCCGCGCGGGCGGAGCUGGAGCGAAAACGAGAUACCGAGGAAGCAGACCUCAAGUACGUGCUCUACUUCCCCAAGGACAAGAAAUACCUCCCGCUGGGAAAGGGGAAAGAGGGCCCCCCACGUGCCCAGCGGUCCCAUGUGCGCUUCCUGAAGGAGGCGUUGGUGCGAGGGGAGGCAGCCGGAUGGACGGAGUUCCAGGAGAACCUCGACAAGUUUGUCACCGGCGGCGGGGAGGGCGGCCGGCCUAAGGUAGCCGUGGACGCCGCCGCUGCCGCGGAGGAGGGCGAUGUCAAACGGAACAAGGGAAUCGGGGCUCUUCCUGUGGUGGCGCAGCAAAAGCUGUGGGAUGACGGGGAGGACAACAGCAGCGCGGAAGGGGAGGGCACGGGAAAAAGUGACGCGGAAGAAAGCGAAUCAGAUUCCGGGGAUGGUGUGGCCGGCCAACAAGGAGCGGGAAAGGACGCUGCUCCAGCGGCCCGCGGAAAGAAGGUCAAGAGGCAGCCAACGGAGUCUGGAUCGGGGAGUUGGGAGCCGGAGCAAGGAGAAGCAGCAGGGGAUAGCUCCGAUUCGGCGGGGGAACUCAGCGGCGACGAGGGUUUCGGGGCCGCCGCCAGCGACGAAGACGACGCUUAUAGCUUCGCCGAGGCGAGGAUGAGGUGGGCUAGCGGCGGCGGUGGGAGCACAAGCGGGCGCAGUGACGGUAGUGACACCGACGGCCACGACAGCGACGGAAGCGUCGGGGACAUUUACGCCGAUGCUCUCGCGAGAUCUAACGGCGGCGGAGACGUGACGCGCGAAGACGCGCCAGCGGGGAAAACCGUGGUGGCGGCCGGAGGGGGCGCGGUGGACGGGGUGACCAGCAGGGUGGAUGGGGGGGUCAACGGGGGCGAGGGCGGUCUGCUUUUGGUGGACGGGGCACGGGACGAGGAUUCACCGCGAGCAACAAAAGAUCCAAGGGUGAAGCGAACGCAACAGGCACCGGGCGGGCAUGGAUACCGCACGGGCGUGGCGGCGGGGGAAGGCGGGGAGGGUUUGCAGGCACCGGAGGGACCGCAUCUGGCCGCGGAGGCCGAGGGAGAGGGAGAGGAGCAGUAG